AGUACAUGGAUUUUCAUUGAUACCUACUCGUCACUUCUUCUUCUCUGCUACAUCAUCAUCAUCAUCAUCAUCAUCAUCAUCAUCAUCAUCAUCAUCAUCAUCAUCAUCAUCAUCAUCAUCAUCAUCAUCAUCAUCAUCAUCAUCAUCAUCAUCAUCAUCAUCAUCAUCAUCAUCAUCAUCAUCAUCAUCAUCAUCAUCAUCAUCAUCAUCAUCAUCAUCAUCAUCAUCAUCAUCAUCAUCAUCAUCAUCAUCAUCAUCAUCAUCAUCAUCAUCAUCAUCAUCAUCAUCAUCAUCAUCAUCAUCAUCAUCAUCAUCAUCAUCAUCAUCAUCAUCAUCAUCAUCAUCAUCAUCAUCAUCAUCAUCAUCAUCAUCAUCAUCAUCAUCAUCAUCAUCAUCAUCAUCAUCAUCAUCAUCAUCAUCAUCAUCAUCAUCAUCAUCAUCAUCAUCAUCAUCAUCAUCAUCAUCAUCAUCAUCAUCAUCAUCAUCAUCAUCAUCAUCAUCAUCAUCAUCAUCAUCAUCAUCAUCAUCAUCAUCAUCAUCAUCAUCAUCAUCAUCAUCAUCAUCAUCAUCAUCAUCAUCAUCAUCAUCAUCAUCAUCAUCAUCAUCAUCAUCAUCAUCAUCAUCAUCAUCAUCAUCAUCAUCAUCAUCAUCAUCAUCAUCAUCAUCAUCAUCAUCAUCAUCAUCAUCAUCAUCAUCAUCAUCAUCAUCAUCAUCAUCAUCAUCAUCAUCAUCAUCAUCAUCAUCAUCAUCAUCAUCAUCAUCAUCAUCAUCAUCAUCAUCAUCAUCAUCAUCAUCAUCAUCAUCAUCAUCAUCAUCAUCAUCAUCAUCAUCAUCAUCAUCAUCAUCAUCAUCAUCAUCAUCAUCAUCAUCAUCAUCAUCAUCAUCAUCAAAUGUAUCAUAA